AUGGCAGACGGCGACAGGGACGAGGGCUCAGCCGGUCCCUACUCCUUCUCUUUGCCAGAUGGCAGCACGCUGCCCACUGCUGGAACAUACACGGGUUUUGCCAGUGUCCAAUAUACCAACGGGGAUUCGUUUGAAGGCGAAUUUGUGAACGGGCGAAAAGAAGGGCGAGGUGUUUACACGUACAGAAACGGGGACAAGUUUCAAGGCGAAUACAAAAAUAACAAACGAACGGGACUCGGAAGAACAGACUACUCCGCCGGGGGAUUCUACCAUGGUAACUACGAAAACGGGCGCAGAUCAGGAGAAGGCACACGGCGCUAUCCGAACGGCGAUAUUUACUACGGCCAGUGGAAGGACGGCAAACACGACGGUUAUGGAACCUAUAUCUUCAACACGACAAAGUACAAAUUUGUGGGUCAGUGGAGAGCGGGCCAGCUUCUAGAGGGGUCGUGGCGCUGGCGAAAUGGAACGGUCUACGAGGGCAAGUUCGAAAUGAACAAACCAUGUGGCGAGGGUACGUGGUCGUUCGCGAAUGGUACGCGACUGCAGGGAAGCUAUUCCCAGCGUGUUUUGCCAGUGGACGAGGCUCCCGAUGAUGAUCCACGACCCGCUCAAAAGAUUGAACUCCAGUGGACACCAUCCGGAGUUUCUGCUCAGUGAAAGUUUUUAAAAAGACUGCAGCGAAAUGUUCUUUGUUGGCACGCUCCAGCCUGUCGAGUCCUCCGGUCCUGGUGAGGAAACUUUCUACUGUAUUUCUGACUUUCUUCUGGUCUUUCUUGACCCAAAUUGAAGUCUGCCCGCUCAGCGUCGCACAUGACUGUUCCUUGCCGACACUGCCCCUGCCCCUGCCACAGUCAACUGUCGCCGCUUUCGUCCCCAAGAGGGUGACAGCUCUUUCCCAGCAACUGCACCUCAGCUUGUCCUGUCUUCACAUGGCGAAACUCUUCGCGCUGCCACCAAAGUGAAUAUCACGAUAUUUAUUUAGCUUGAAUACGAAUGGUAAUUUUUCAACUAUACGCUGGAUACCAUUAUACUUCAUGCACUUAACAUCAGUCCCACUUCUUUACAAAAUGCGCAAGGAUGGAGCACAAGACUCUACAACGGUUUU